CGCCAUGGUGGCCGCCGAGGGGCUGCGGGAGAUGGAGGGCAGCGCGCUGCGGCGGCUGGUGCGGCGGGAGGAGGCCGGGGCGGCGGGGCGGUGCCUGCUGCUGGACUGCCGCCCGUUCCUGGCGCACGGCGCGGGGCACAUCCGCGGGGCGCUCAACGUGCGCUGCAACACCAUCGUGCGGCGGCGCGCGCGCGGGGCGGUCAGCCUGGAGCAGAUCCUGCCGGCCGAGGGGGAGGUGCGCGCGCGGCUGCGCGCGGGGCUGUACGCCGCCGUCGUGCUCUACGACGAGCGCAGCCCGCGCGCCGAGGCCCUGCGCGAGGACAGCACCGUGGCGCUGGUGGUGCGCGCGCUCCGGCGGGACACGGCGCGCGCCGACAUCCGCCUCCUGGCAGGGGGUUAUGAGCGUUUCUCCUCGGAGUAUCCUGAAUUCUGUGCAAAAACCAAGUCCCUGAGCAAUGUGUCACCCCCUACGAGUGCCGAGCCCCUGGAUUUGGGCUGCAGUUCCUGUGGGACCCCCCUUCAUGAUCAGGGUGGCCCAGUGGAAAUCCUUCCCUUCCUCUAUCUUGGCAGCGCCUACCAUGCUGCCCGGCGGGACAUGCUUGAUGCACUGGGCAUCACGGCCCUGCUGAAUGUCUCCUCAGACUGCCCCAACCACUUUGAGGGGCACUACCAGUACAAGUGUAUCCCUGUGGAGGAUAACCACAAAGCUGACAUCAGUUCCUGGUUCAUGGAGGCAAUAGAGUACAUUGACUCUGUGAAGGAGUGUUGUGGCCGGGUCCUAGUCCACUGCCAGGCUGGUAUCUCCCGCUCUGCCACCAUCUGCUUGGCUUACCUGAUGAUGAAGAAGCGUGUCAAGCUGGAGGAGGCCUUUGAGUUUGUCAAGCAGCGCCGGAGCAUCAUCUCCCCUAACUUCAGCUUCAUGGGGCAGCUGCUGCAGUUUGAGUCGCAGGUGUUGGCCACCUCAUGUGCAGUGGAAGCUGUCAGCCCCUCGGGGACGCUGCGGGAGCGGGGCAAGGCCACCUCUACCCCUACCUCCCAGUUUGUCUUCAGCUUCCCAGUCUCUGUGGGUGUCCAUGCCACCCCUAGCAGUCUCCCCUACCUGCACAGCCCCAUCACCACGUCGCCCAGCUGUUAGCUCAGAGGCUGGGGCCAGCCAGGCAGACAGGGCCAGGCGUGGAGGGGGAAGGUGGGCAUGGAGCCCCGUGAUGUUAAGCAAUAGUGCUGGACACUGCCAUUCACCCUGGACUCCACAUCCUUUUCGUAGAGAAAAUUCUUACCUCAUCUUGGUUGGUUGUGUUUUAAUUUUAUGUUUUUUUAGAAGCAUGACAGUUGUAAAGGCCACAAACCCUGCCAUUGUCCAGGCUCUUUGGGAGAGGAAAAAAAUUAAUAGUAUACAAAGUUUCCUCAAGUGCCUGGUCUUCAUCACUU